GUUAUUAUCUACAUUACUGAAGUCAACAGGUGAGUGUAUAAUGUCCUGACCAUUUGGAAUAUCCUUUAUUUGAUCAGGAAGUUCUAUGAAACUCAUUGAUGGACGUUCAAUUCUAACCUCGAUGUUCCCUGUCCUCGGAUUGCUACAAAAUUUAGAGUGCAACAAUAAAUUAAGCUGUAAAUCUGGACACUGUGUAUUUACGCAUAAGAGUUUGCAGUCUCCUCCAGCAACUAAACCGUCUACAUCAAAGUCGAGUAUUACAACUACACAGCCAGCUAAGAAAGCUACAAAGCGUACAAGUGAUCCAAUUCCAGUACAACCAGCGAAGAGAAGAGUUAUAAAACAACCAGUUACAAUUCCACAAACAUUACCGAAUGGUACACCAAGGAUACAAGCCAGUGCAAGCCAUUCAAGGAUACCCGUACAAGACAGACAGCGUAGCUUAACUGCUUUAUUUGAACAGUUUAUCAAAAUGUACGCUAAGUUACCUGAGCAUAAGAAGUUAGCAAUGAAUGAUGCAUUUAAACAAGAGGAAGAGAUAUACGAACUAGCACAGAAGAAUACCUAUAAAUCAGCAACUGCAAACAUUCUCAUAAAGUUAAAAAGAAGAUCACCUAUUACAGACAUUAAUUCACCACUUAUCGGUACUGAAGAUACACUUAAAAAGCGAUUAGAAGAUGCCGAACGAGCGCAUAGUUAUCAAUUAAAUAGGAAGACACUUGCUGAAUAUAUACCAUCACUUAAUUUACUCCAAGAAUACGGCUACGUCGUUGAUACCCCUGAGACAGAAGGUGGAAGUGAGACAAGCGCGAUUGGGCAGAUGAAAGAUUGCGCCCGUUGCAAUCGUAAAUUCAUAGUUGAAGACAAUAUCCUCAAAGAUGACUGUACAUUCCAUGAUGGUAGGCCAAUCACGAGCAAAGUCGAUGGGAGGCGGGCGCGUAUUAUGUCCUGCUGUUCGACUCAAAUGGGUAGCACAGGUUGUUGUACUGGUCCACAUGUAUUCGUCGAGAAAGACCCUGGUGAACUGCACAAAAGAGCAGCAUUUGUACAUACUCCCGAAAAGAGUAGUCUCGAACUCGUUACACUGGAUUGCGAGAUGAGUUUUACAACAGCCGGAAUGAGCUUAACCCGUUUAACCGUCGUUGGAGCCGAGGGGGAGCUUCUCCUUGACGAGAUAGUUCGGCCGGCAAGCAAAAUGAUAGAUCCGAACACGAGAUUUUCCGGAGUGACGAUACAACAAAUUGAAAAUCAAGCGGUGUUCGAUCUUGAUGGUAUAAGAAGCUGCCUAUUCCAGAUCGGUGUAGGGAAGGAUACUAUAAUCGUCGGACAUGGUCUAGAGAAUGAUUUGAACGCACUGCGGAUAAUUCAUCAUAAUAUACUUGAUACGGCAAUACUAUUCCCACAUCCGGCUGGAAUGCCAUUUAGAAACUCGCUGCGUAACCUCGCUGCUGACGUAUUGAAGAAGUUCAUACAAGAUGCUACGCCACAGAAAAAGGGUGAUAAUUUACCGGUAGCUACGCAUUCGAGUUAUGAAGAUGCACUUACUACGCUGGAGUUACUGCGGCAUUUUGUAAAAUCUAAAUAAAUAGCCAUAAUGCAUAUCAGAAAAUAAAGUUCAAUUUGGACCUUGGAAACGAACGAUCAAGUUCUGAGGAUAUGAAACGACUACCAAUUGAAUUGAUAACUAAAAUAACUAAUUAUUGCAAUAAAUCAACGCUCAAGUCAUUGCGUCUCGUGAACAAGCAUUUGAACGAUUUGACGGUCGACUCUGUAAUGGAAUGCUGCAAGUAUGAUAGGAGUCUAAUAAAGAGUGAGAACAGAAACCUGGUUAAGCACUUAAUUGUUUUGGAUUCACUCAAUUUGGACAGUUUGGUAGCUAUCCUCCCAUCGUUCAAUCAGCUUCAAUCUAUUACUCUCAAUCCAAAAUCUGCUCAGGUGGUUUUUGAAGACCCGGAGUUAGACUCUACUAUGGCACUCCAGAAGGCUUGUCCUACUUUGAACCAAGUUACCUUCGAUGGUGAUCAAGUUUUCAAAAUCGUAACUCAACCGGCCGGAAUCGAAUUUUUUAAGACAAAGAUCAGCGCAUGCAAUGAUAACAGCUUUUGCGAUAGUUGUGAUUGCUCACCCAAUCGCUUCCAACCCAAACUUAUGCUUAGAAAGAGACGAACAUUAAGAGUUGCAUAUUAAGUAGGCAUUAUUCUUAAGAUACCAAUCACUUAACGGACAAUCAUGAUGAUAACCAAUGUAACAUAAUUUUAAACCAUUUUAUUCUCUACAUAAAUCACCUAUUUACACUUCUGUUCUUUACCAUCUUCUUUGUGGGUUUGGAGGUGGCGCUGAACUUGGUGGUGUGUUGCUACCAGUUCUCCUCAUAUUUCCGAAUGCACUUGGCUUCUCGUCACCACCUCUACCAGGUGGUGGUCUUGAAUUAGGAUUUGGUGGUGGUGCAGCUCCUGAUGGCCUCGUUGGGAUCUUACCUUCUGCCAUAGCUUGACGUCUAGCAGCUAACCAACCACCAGGCUGUGGAGCUGAGCCAGUUGAUCCGCCAGAUGGAGUUGGACGAGCACCGCUUCCCCAGACACUGCCUGUCUUCUGGAAUGUUGUCUCGCGUUGCUUCUUCAUAGCCGCCUCUUCACGUUCUGCUUGCUUUCUGGCAAAUUCUUCAGUCUUCCUACGCUCUUCUUCUCUCUCAGCUCUACGUUGUGAAGCUUCAAGUUCGCUACGCUCCUUAUCUGCCAUUAGUGCUUCACGCUUCUUGCGUUCAUUUUCUUCGGCUUGUGCACGCUCAGCUUCUUGAGCUUGAGCGACUGCCUUUUGAGCCUCUUCAUGUUCCUUCUCGAGUCUCUUUUGUUCAGCUACCUUCUCACGACGUUCAGAGAUCUCCUUUUGGAUUGCCUCAUCAGCCUUACGUUGAGCCUCCUUACGUUGGUUGCUAAAUUUAGCUUCCAAUUCAGAUUUGUACGAUUGAUACGAUGGUCCGAUUCUUUGGAGACGUUGCUUAUUUGCCAAAGUUUGAUCGAAUGUCUCCUUUGCUAACCUGUUAGUCUCUUUAACUUUAGUAUCGUACAUUGCUUUAUCAUUCUUUUGUUGAUCUUCGAAGUCUUUCGCGAGAAGAGGCUUUUCUUCACGUCUGAAGGCUCUUUCGAGAUGAUCCAUACGCUUGAACAUGACUCUUAAUUUCUCUGACAUUUGAUCUUGUUCCUUCUUGUGGUGCUCGACUUGAAGAGCGACAAGUUUAUUUGUGUCAAGUUCAUCGACAUUCUAAUUAAUGAUUAGUAAGGUAUAGAGACACGGCGAAUACUCACAUUUACAUCAACCUUUAAGCCAGACUUCUCGGCCAAGUUUUGAGCAAGUUUCUUAGCCUCAUCAAUACGGAUUUGCUCCAUUUCACGACGUAUACGUUCUUGUUCCUUACGGAUACCCUCUUCUUGCUCACGCUUGGUCUGUUCAGCAGCGGCGAGUUUAGCACGUUGUGCUCUAGCCUCACUGUCUUCUUUCUCGCGACGUGCAGAGUCCUCUUCAGCCAAUUCACGACGUCUAGUCACAAUAGCACGUCUGUACAAGUAAUGCUUACGCUCUUCUUCCAUGUUAGCCAAAGCAUACGCAAAUGCAUCUUCUUGUUGCUUCUGUGCUUUCUCAAUUGACGGCUUAUCAAUCGUGUAGAUUGUCUGUUGAAGCACAUCACUUAAGCGAGCGUAUUGAUAGCGAACCAAGUCAGCAGGAGUUGGUUGAAGUUUUGAUGAUUCUUCAGUUGCAACUUCAUUAGCCUUUGAGUGUGCGAAAAUGUCCUCUUGGAAAGCGAUGCUCUUUUUGACAUGAUCGAUACGAACUUUAAGACCACCAAUUGCGCAUGAGCCAAUAACGAAUUUCUCAACUUCCUUUUCAGAGUUUCUACCAAGUGGCUUAACGAGGUUGAGAACGUAUGUAAUUUCAACGUUAUCAUAAAGUUGAGCAAGUUGUUCGAACACUCUAGUGAGAACGACAUUUUGUAAUGGUUCAACAUAUUUUUUUGUGUCUUCGUUCUUGCUGAUUGAGGCUAUUACUGGUGCAAUAGCUUCGCAAACGUUGAGUGGAUGGAAGUCAGCUUCCAGAAGUUGGUAAAGCAUACGAACAUCAGCUGAAGCACGCUUAAGUACACCUUUUGUAAUAGCAUCCUUAAGGAGUGAACCUCUAGUUGGAACCUUCUGAAGACUCAAGAUUGAUGACAACUUUUGGUUAGCACGUACUGCAUCCUCAGUUGAUGAACUAUGAACUGGAACAGCGAGAGCUGAGAGAAGGACGUAAUCUGAAAGCUUCUCAUGUUGAGCAUCGUCUGCAACUGUGAAUUGAGCUAAUCCGUAGUAACGUGAAAAAGCAGCAGCAUGGAACAGACGGUUGUCAGCAACCAAGAAAAUUCUAGUUAACUUCUCGUAAUAUUCUGCCAUUAUUGCUGACUUUGGAGCUUUCUUAGCCAUAACAAGUAAGUUGUGAAUAUCUUCAACUGAUCUGAAAGCUUCUUGCCAUAAUUCCAAGUCAACUGCAGCUGAAAGUUGAGCGAAACGAGUAUCCAAGUGACGUUGAAGUGUUUCAGUAUCAGUGAGGUUGAUAGAAUGAGCUUGAUGAGCAUACUUUGAGACAUUUGCGACAUGUGAUCUGAGUAACUCGCAAAGACGUCUAAAUUCGGUCUUACGUGAAUAUUGAAGACAGAAUUUGAAAGCCUCAUUAGCAAUUUGCUGAAGAAUUUCAAGACGUGCGUUGUUACGGAGAGUGUCAAGUGCAGUACGGUAAGCAUCCCAGAGGUAUUUCAACCAUGGAGUGACGACGGCUCUCUCAGUUCUAUCUCUGUUUUGGUCUGAGGAGACAGCGCUCAUAAGGAUUGACUCAGGGGUCUCAGCGGCUUCCAAAUCGUCAACGGCGACGGUGGAAUCUUGAGGUUCAGGAUGUAAAAAGUCAACAGUACGCUUAGCUUCAAUAACUUUGUCCUCAGAUAAUUGCAAAAAGCGCUUCAAAACCAAUUCGAUUGAUUGAACGCUGAGGUUUUGUGAAAUGUUCUUGUAUUGAAGUAAACCAUCCUUUGCAGAUCUAGUUUUACGCAAAGUUACGCAUAAUUCAACGAAUCUGAGCAUAAUUGGCUCUAAACUAGUUAAAGGAGUUGACCUGAAACGCUUUGAAGUGAAGAUU